GAUCAUUUUCAGGGAGACACACCGUCACUUCCUGGCGUCCUACUUGUAACUGAAACGUUCGAUUUACCUGAAAUAUUUACAACAACAGACGUUUAGAGCUUUUUAAGGACAUCAGAGAUUUAAUUUAGUUAGUUUUAGCCGUUCGGCGUGUUUCUAACAACCUGACUGCAGAAACGUUGUAGGUUUCGUUUGUUGUAGUUUUGUUAGCAUGGAUGCUAGCGGGGAAACGGCUAACCCUCGGCGCCGUGAGGAAGAGGAGGAUGAUGAAUCCCAAACUGUGGAAGAACAAGAGAACCUGGACCUGGACUUGAACCUGGAGCUGGCUAAAAUGACAGUUGAAGACCUGAUCCACACGGCGCAGGCCGUGCAGACGGACGGCACCACGGAGUCCGCUGCCAACACGCAGCCGGACUGGGAGGACCAGGUGGCGGCCAUGUUGGAGCACGGCUCCAAACUGUCGGAGGAGUACAACCGGCUGGUGAAGAAGCAGGAGGAGGAGGAGGUGGCAAAAGCCAAACACAAACAGGAGCUGCAGAAGAUGAUGAAGGAGGCGCUCCUCCAGCAGAAGAUUCAGCAGGAAAAACGCGACUCGCUGGGCGUCAAACUGCAGCUCAACAACCCCAAGGCCGCCAGGAAGAACUUCCUGAGCAAGAAGCAGGAAAUGACAUCAGAGAAGAACAGAGCAGAGGAGGAGAGGAACAGGCUGCUCCGGGAGCUGGAGGACAGCGACAAGAAGCUGACGACGCUCAGCGAGGAGCAGAGAGAGGAGCAGCGGAGGUGGGAGGAGGAGCUGGAGGAGCUGAGGCGGGAGAUGGAGCGAGUGAGGAAGGAGGCGCAGGAGGCCCAGCUGCAGGCUCUACGGGACGAGAUCUCGGCUGUGGAGAAGCAGAGAGACGUGGCCAUGUCCCACAUCGAGGCCUGGCUCCGGGAGGUGUCCCAGUACCUGAACGCUCUCCGGGUGGACUUCCCGCAGCAGUACCAUACGGACCGGGCCAAGUGGGAGAAGAAUGAAGGGUUGGUUCAGAAGAACAAGGCCGAGCUCCAGAAGCGUUUCCAGGAGGUUCUGCAGCAGCUCCGUCAGGGUCGGGAGCUGGAGUCCCUCCCCAGGAUCAACGUGCCCGCUCUGCCUCAGGUCCCCAUGGCCGACCUCAGGUUCAGACAGGUGAUGCAGUCGCUGGCUCCGCCCCCUGGUUUUGCACACGCAGCCCACCAGCCUUUCCCUCCACAGAGACACCCACACUCCUACGGACCCCACUUCCGCCCCCCUCCGCCCCAGUACCACGCCCCCUUUCACCAUCCUCCCCCACCGUUCUUCAUGCCCCCCCCAGCACAGCAUAAUCAUGCUCCGCCCCGCUUCCAGCCGGGCCACCUGGCCCAGCAUCAGUUCCCGCCUCUAACAGGACCCCCUAUGAAGGUGACUCCCCCUCCCAGUCUGUCCCCGUCCCCGUCCCCUCCAGUUCAGCGGACCCACCCGGCGGUCCCCUCCCCGCCUCCCCCCGCUGCCACCUCGGCCCCCGCCGACAAACUGGAGAAGGUUCUGGAGAGGCUGGGGUCCCGGUUCCCUCAGUGCAACAAGGCCCAGCUGCGGGUUCUGCUGCAGCAGGUGAAGAGCUCCCGGGGGACGCUGGCGGGAAUGUCCAUGGAUGAUGUCAUCGAGCAGGUCGGCUUCAGGCUGGCCCAGAGCGAGAGGUCGGCCCCCGGGCCCAUCGGCAGGCCCGCCCCGUCGGGGCUCAUCCAGAGACCGGCCCCUCCCCUGCAGAGAGCCACACCCCCACCUGCAGCCGGGGUCCGAAAGCUCUGCCUGAUGUGCCAGAACCACGUGGACCCGGAGAGCCGGCACCCGCUGAGCUGCAGCCACACCAUCCACAGGAACUGCAUCCAGAUGUGGCUCCAGUCCAGCAAGAACAACUCCUGCCCCUUCUGUCCGGGGGGGCAGUGAGAGCCCAGUUCUGGUUCUGGUUCUGGUCAGCCCAGAGUUUGAUUUGAAUAUGAUUCUGUUUUAUUCUUUUAUUACAUUUAACCCAAAACUUCUGUUUGUUAAAAUAACUGAAAUCUGACGUUUUAACAUUUUGACUUUAUUGAGUUCAGAUUUAUUCAAACAGAUUCAAACUUUAUUAAAAAACAU